AUGGCGGCGCAGGGGCCUGGUGGUGGCCGCUGUGCCCCGGCGCUGCCGCUGCUGCUGCUUAGUCUGUCCGCGUUCGCCCUCCCGCCGUCGCUCGCCGCCGCCUCCGAGCCGCCGCCGGCCGCCCUCCGCGCUGGCCACGCCGCCUCCUCGCUGCCCGCUGCUGCUGCCGCCUCGCGCACCAGAUACCUUUUGUAUGAUGUAAACCCCCCUGAAGGGUUCAACCUUCGCAGAGAUGUCUACAUUCGCAUUGCUUCCCUUUUAAAGACCCUGCGGAAAAGUGAAAACUGGGUGUUGGUUCUGCCUCCCUGGGGACGUCUUUAUCACUGGCAGAGCCCUGAUAUCCUCCAGGUCCGGAUCGCUUGGUCUGAAUUCUUUGAUAUCCCAAGCCUCAACAAGAACAUCCCUGUGAUCGAAUAUGAGCAGUUCCUUGCAGAGUCAGGUGGGCCCUUUAUUGAACAGGUUUAUGUGCUACAAGGCUAUGCAGAAGGAUGGAAAGAAGGAACAUGGGAAGAAAAAAUAGAUGAAAAACCAUGCAUUGAUCAGCUGAUGUACUCUAAAGACAAACAUGGCUACUACAGGGGCUGGUUCUGGGGUUAUGAGGAAACGCGAGGCCUAAAUGCCUCUUGCUUGUCUGUCCAAGGAUCUGCCUCUAUUGUGGCUCCCAUCCUUCUGAAGAACACUUCAGCACAGUCAGUGAUGUUAGACAGAGCUGAAAACCUUCUUCAUGACCACUACGGAGGGAAAGAUUAUUGGAAUACCCGUCGGAGCAUGGUGUUUGCUAAACACCUCCGUGUGGUGGGAGACAAGUUUAGAAAGCAAUACCUUCAAUCCACUGAUGAGUCAGACAGCACUCAGUACAAGGAGGACUGGACACAGAUGAAGGUUAAGACAGGAACAGCUCUAGGUGGCCCAUACCUUGGGGUUCAUCUCAGAAGGAGAGACUUCAUUUGGGGUCACAGAGAAGAUGUGCCUUCCCUCCAAGGAGCAGUAAAGAAAAUCCACAGCCUCUUGGAGACACUUAAACUUGAAAAAGUUUUUGUAGCCACUGAUGCUGUUGAGGAAGAGAUUGAACUGCUCAAGAAACUGCUGCCUGAGAUGGUGAGGUUUGAACCCUCUCUGGAGGAGCUGGAACUCUAUAAGGAUGGGGGCUUAGCUGUGAUUGACCAGUGGAUUUGCGCACAUGCAAGGUAUUUUAUAGGCACCUCAGUUUCAACAUUUUCCUUCCGAAUCCAUGAAGAAAGGGAGAUCUUGGGAUUUGAUCCAAAAACAACUUACAACCGAUUUUGUGGUGAAACAGAGAAAAACUGUCAGCAGCCAGCUCACUGGAAAAUUGUAUAUUAAACACAGAGAAACACAAA